UUGAUCAAGAUCAAAUUUGUUUUGAACAUUAUAUGCAAAUUGUUAAUUUUGUUGCAGAACAAAUAUCUAAAAAUGAAAAACUAUUAACCUUUGUAGAUUUAGGUGAUUUUAUUGAAACAAACAAAUUAUUUCUAGAUAAUUCUAAUAUACCAAUUGAUUAUUUAAAAAAUUAUGAAAAACAUCAAUAUAUAGAUUUAAAAUCUAAUAAUUUUUCAAAUAUAAAGAUAAAAAUUCUUAAUGAUGAUAUAUUUAUAAAUAAACAAAAUUUUAACAAAUUAAUUGAUAAACUAAUUAAUCAAAAUCUUGAAAAUAAUAAUGAUUUAAUACAAACAUCAAAUAAUUUAUUUUCUACUCAAUUACAAUUAUUAACUAAAGUUUUAUAUCAAUAUGAAGAACAAAAUAACAAUUAUUUAUUAAAUCCUAAUAAUUUUAAACAGCUUAUUAAAACAAAAGAAUCUCAAUUAAUUGGAUUUUUAGAUAAAAUAACAACAGCACUUAUUCCUAAAAGAAGAACUGAAAAAAAUAAAGAAAAAGCACAACAGCAAAUUAUUAGUUUAUGUUAUUUUUUAGCUGGAUUACAUAGUCAAAAUAUAAAUAAAUUUAAAACUGAUUUAGGAUUAUAUUUAUUAUCUUGUGAAUUAAAUAUAACUGGUAUUGAUUUUCUUAUAAAAAUUGGAAUAACUUCAAAUAAAGAUCUUCAAGAUGCAAUAGAAUUUAUUAAACAAUUAUAA